UCCAGUAAGAAUCGAACGGGAUAACCGACGGGCCGAUCCGAAACCGGUCAAAUUCGCAACAACGACCAAACCGAACCGAACCCAGCACCUAGAUCUCCGUCCGAAAUCGGCUCCGAAAAUAAAGCACCACGCUUAGAUCUCCGACUUCCAGUCUCGGCCCAGUCCAAUCUGGUCAUCGGAGCCCAAAAAAUUCUAGCUCCUGCUCGAGCUCAGCCAUGGCGGACUCCGCCGGGACGACGCUCAUGGAUCUCAUCACCUCAGAUCCCGCCCCCGUUCGGAAGUCGAAUAGGUCGACUUUGAUGCAGUUCCAGAACGACACCAUUCUCGCAGCUAAGGCUUUGAAUCCAGUCAGGACCGCGCAGAGACAGAGGAAGAAGAAGCCAGUAUCGUAUUCCCAAUUGGCACGAAGCAUUCAUGAACUUGCUGCUACAUCAGAUCAGAAAAGCUCUCAGAAGCAGUUAGUGAACCACGUGUUUCCGAAACUUGCUGUAUACAACUCGGUGGAUCCUUCUUUGGCACCAUCUCUUCUCAUGCUCAAUCAGCAAUGUGAGGAUAGGAAUGUUCUCCGUUAUGUUUACUACUAUUUGGCCAGAAUACUUUCAGAUACUGGAGUUGAGGGCUUAACUCCAAGCGGUGGAAUUCCCACACCAAACUGGGAUGCACUGGCUGAUAUUGAUGCUGUUGGAGGUGUCACUAGAGCUGACGUGGUACCUCGAAUCGUAGGCCAGCUCACUUCAGAGGCCUCUAAUACGGAUGCUGAAUUUCAUGCUCGGAGGCUUGCAGCUCUCAAGGCUCUCACAGCUGCUUCCACAAGCAGUUCUGAAGUUUUGGCCAAGUUGUAUGAAAUUGUCUUUGGCAUUCUGGAAAAGGUUGCAGACUUCAAAGAUAAGCGCAAGAAGGGCAUUUUUGGCAAACCAGGUGGUGAUAAAGAGGCAGUGAUUCGGAAUAAUUUGCAGUACGCUGCUCUAAGUGCUCUAAGAAGACUUCCUAUAGAUCCUGGAAAUCCUGCAUUUCUUCAUCGGGCUAUUCAGGGGAUAUCAUUCGCUGAUCCAGUUGCAGUGAGGCAUUCAUUGGCCAUCAUAUCUGACUUAUCUAUGAGAGAUCCCUAUUCUGUUGCUAUGGCUUUGGGCAAGCAUGCCCAGCCUGGAGGUGCAUUAUCAGAUGUCCUCCAUUUGCAUGACGUUCUUGCUAGGGUAUCUCUUGCUAGAUUGUGUCAUACGUUAUCUAGAGCACGUUCACUGGAAGAGAGGCCUGAUAUUAAGUCUCAGUUUACUUCUAUCCUCUAUCAACUUCUUCUGGAUCCUAGUGAUCGAGUUUGUUUUGAGGCGAUAAUGUGUGUACUGGGGAAAUCAGAUACUACAGAAAGGACUGAAGAGCGAGCUGCUGGAUGGAUCCAAUUAACCCGAGAAAUUCUCAAGUUGCCUGAGGCACCGUCUGUGUCUUCAAAGGAUAGUAAAGCUCAACCUAAAGACACCCUUCCACCUAAACCAAGCAACGAGAAGUCCUCGAAAUCAAGGCGCCCACAACCUCUUAUCAAACUCGUGAUGAGAAGAUUGGAGAGUUCGUUUCGUAGUUUCUCUCGUCCCGUGCUGCAUGCGGCAGCAAGAGUUGUUCAAGAAAUGGGAAAAAGUAGGGCAGCAGCAUAUUCAUUAGGCGUCUACGACAUUGAUGAAGGAACUCAGCUUCACAUGUAUUCAGAAAAUGCUGAUUCAAUUGAUUCAGAUCUCAAUGAAAGUUCACAUUCUGAAGUCUCACGAAAGGCAUUGCCACUGUCAAAUGGGACAGGUGGUAAGGAUACAAUUGCUAGUUUAUUAGCGUCACUAAUGGAAGUUGUGAGAACAACUGUGGCAUGUGAAUGUGUUUAUGUUCGAGGAAUGGUAAUAAAAGCUUUGAUCUGGAUGCAAAAUCCACAUGAAUCAUUUGAAGAAUUGGGAGCUAUCAUUGCAUCUGAGCUGUCUGAUCCAGCUUGGCCAUCAGCAUUGUUGAACGAUAUCUUACUUACUUUGCAUGCUCGGUUCAAGGCGACUCCAGCAAUGGCAGUCACACUACUUGAAAUUGCAAGGAUUUUCGCCACCAAAGUCCCUGGAAAGAUUGAUGCGGAUGUCUUGCAACUUUUAUGGAAAACGUGCCUUGUUGGAGCUGGACCAGAUGGAAAACACACAGCUCUAGAAGCAGUCACGAUAGUCCUUGAUCUACCUCCUCCACAACCUGGAUCAAUGUCAGGUCUGACAUCUGUUGAUAGAGUGUCUGCAUCAGAUCCCAAAUCUGCUCUGGCAUUACAAAAACUAGUGCAGGCCGCUGUUUGGUUCCUUGGUGAAAACGCUAACUAUGCUGCAUCUGAAUAUGCUUGGGAAUCUGCAACACCUCCUGGUACCGCACUUAUGAUGUUGGAUGCUGAUAAAAUGGUAGCUGCUGCUAGUUCUCGGAACCCUACUCUUGCCGGUGCAUUGACGCGGCUUCAAAGGUGUGCAUUCAGCGGAAGCUGGGAGGUUCGAAUAGUUGCCGUCCAAGCCCUUAUGACUAUAGCAAUUAGGUCUGGUGAGCCUUAUAGGCUACAGAUAUAUGAAUUUUUACAUGCUUUAGCCGAAGGAGGUGUGCAGUCUCAGUUUUCAGAAAUUAAGUUCAGUAAUGGCGAAGAACAAGGCGCUAGUGGUACGGGUCUAGGUUCUUUAAUACGUCCUAUGCUGAAAGUCCUUGAUGAUAUGUACAGAGCACAAGAUGAUCUGAUUAGAGACAUGCGGAAUCAUGAUAACAAUAAACAAGAGUGGACAGAUGACGAACUGAAAAAACUUUAUGAGACUCAUGAAAGACUUCUUGAUUUAGUCUCUCUUUUCUGUUUUCUUCCAAGGGCAAAAUAUUUGCCGCUAGGGGCUACCAGUGUCAAACUCCUUGACAUCUAUAGAAACCGGCACAAUAUCAGUGCUGCUUCUGGUUUAAAUGAUCCAGCUGUCGCUACCGGGAUAUCUGACCUUAUAUAUGAAUCCAAAGAAACGCAUAAAGAUCCUGGUUCCAUUGAUCCUGACUUAGCAAUGGCAUGGGCAGCAGGCUUAGACGACGAUGUUUGGGAAAGCAAUGCUCCGGCAAUGAAUAGAGUAAAUGAGUUCCUUGCUGGUGCUGGAACUGACGCCCCAGAUGUUGAAGAUGAGCAUGUAACCUCUAGGCAGUCAGUUACUUAUGACGAUAUGUGGGCUAAGACACUGCUAGAAACUUAUGAAGCUGAGGAGGAUGAUGCGGGGUCAUCUGGGGCAUCGUCACCUGAGUCAACUGGGUCAAUUGAAUCUUCCAUAUCAUCUCAUUUUGGUGGUAUGAACUACCCGUCAUUGUUUAGUUCACGCCCAUCAGGCUAUGGGGCUUCGCAACAAUCGGUUAGAGAAGAACCUCCAUCCUACUCUUCAUCAGUUUUGCAGAGACACGAUUCGUUUGAUAACCCGUUAGCAGGCCGCGGAUCUCGGAGUUCUGAUUCACAGGUUGAUGAAGGCUCUACUUCUGAGAAUCCUCAGUCUGGCAAAGCACUAUAUGACUUCACUGCUGGAGGAGAUGAUGAGUUAAACUUGACUGCAGGAGAGGAGGUUGAGAUUGAUUACGAAGUUGAUGGUUGGUACUAUGUAAAGAAAAAACGUCCUGGGAGAGAUGGGAAAAUGGCUGGACUGGUUCCAGUCCUCUACGUGGAUGCAUCUUGACAGCAUAAGAGGUUUUAAUCUCUCUCACUCAUCUUUAGAUGGUGCGUUGCCACAGCGUGUACAUUUUCUUCAAGACCUUUCCUGCAGACAUGCUAAAGGGAAUUUUUCGCAGAGGAUUGUUUCCUCGACUGAUUCUCACCCUUCGCUGUUAUCCACAUUACCAUCAUUCAGCUGAGUUCUAUCUCGCGUUCACCAGCUGUGUAAACGAGUUCCGCCUUUAUUCUUUAUAUGCAUUCAGAAGUUUUGUUGCAACAGUGGUUUGCCAAUUUGGUCUGCUUUGCUCUCUUACAGUGUGUGUGAUAGUUUCAUCUUGAGCGUGACCGCGAACCGUAUAUAUGUGUAUUUGUAACAUUAUUUCCCCUUUUCUGUUGCACGUCGGGGAAGUGUUUGUACAAUUAUAUGAGAUGUUUAUCAUAAUUCUUUUUAUCCAUUUGUUAGAUACCCAUUCA